AUGAAGCUUGCUCUGAGGCAAAACGCUCAAGAUCACCGCCAAGUCAAGGGCGAUACUGAUGUUGACAAUCCCAAUUUCGUUGUUUUCCUUGACGAGUUGAUGGACACGGAUGAUGAUAUGGACGAAGAUGAUUCCAGUGAAGAUGUUGACGAAGAGCUUGAGUUUGAGACGUAUACGAAUCAUCUACCAGAUCUGGCUAAGGAGAGAGCAGCGUACUCAUAA